AUGUUCUUCGAGUCCAGGAAGUCACCCGAGACCGAUCCCAUGAUCGUAUGGUUGAAUGGUGGCCCUGGCUUUAGCAGUAUGGCCGGUAUGGUACUAGAGAACGGUCCUUGUCGUAUCGAUACCGAGAGAGGAGGGACAAAUCUAAACCCGUAUUCGUGGACUGCGGAGGCCAACGGUUUAUGGAUCGAUCAACCUGCUGGCACAGGGUUCAGCACCGGGCCUUUGAUAAGGUCUACUGAGGAGGCUGGCGAGUUGCUAUCGCUAUUUUUACAUGGGUUUUUCGGGAAGUACCCUCAGUACAACAGGAGGGUGUUUUUAGCGGGCGAGUCGUAUUCGGGUAAGUUCAUCCCGGAGGCAGUGAUGAGGGUGAAGGCGGAUGAGAAAGAGGGCGCUGAGCCCACUAUUGACAUCGUCGGAAUUAUCAUCGGCAACGGUUUCUUCAACUCUGACAGAGUGUGGCGAUCGUAUCCUCGGAUGGCAUAUAGGAGCGGCACUGCUCCGAGGAGGGUCUCAGCUCCACAAUAUGAUAGGAUGGUGAAAGCGGCAGAGGACUGUGUAGCAGAGACGCCAUCUUGCCUGUCGGGGCAUAUGAGCUGCCAGGCAUUGUACGAUAGAUGUUCCAAGAAGCUCAUCAAUCCUAUUAGCGAUGGCAAGUGGAGCAUAUACGAUCUCAGACACGAGUGUGGCCCGUAUCCUGAUUGCUUGGAUGAUGGACCGGUUCGAAAGUAUUUCAACGAUCCUGCUGUACAGGAGGUUGUGGGAGCGCAUAUGGAGUGGAGAUCGUCGAAUGAAAGUGUCACGGCCGCAUUCCAUAUUCGAGAGCUCUUCACAUCAUCUGCUGAGCAACAACUAUCUUCGCUCCUGGUUAAAGGGAUUAGUGUACUCCUGUAUGCUGGUGACCAGGAUUUCCUAUGCAAUUGGCUCAGCGUUCUGGACACGGCUCAGGCGCUCGAGUGGCCAGGGAAGGCGGCCUUCACCAAGGCGGUAGAGAGCUCACUGAGGGUGAAGGUGUAUUCAUUCGGUACGUCAGCAACGACUCGUCCUCUGCCAGUUGCCGUCGUCAUCAACGCUAGCCAUAUGGUCCCUCAGGACGCCCCUGAGGCUGCGCUAUCACUCGUAAACGACUUCAUCUACCGUACCACGGCUUACCAUAGUGAUCCUCCUACAGCUGUUGGGCUCAAGAUGCUUAUUGUCUAG